AUGUGGUCAAAUUACCAGAGUGCGAUCUGCCUGCUGCUGCUGCUGCUGCUGCAACGGUUGCUCCUCGUCUACGCCAUCGUGAACCCCGCCAAUGACACGGCCAACACGGUGAUUUAUAUGCUGCCCGCCAAGGACCUGGGCCCCGAGACCUGGCGUGCGGGCGUGGACUGCCUGGACAGCUUUGCGCAAAUCUUCUUCUAUCGGAAUCCCCGGGAACGCUUCACCCGCUCCUACAACCUCAUGCUGACGAAUGCCUUCAACCUGUCCACGCCCGCGGAUCAGAUCCAGGAGGGUUUCCACAAGCUCAUCAAUGAGGCGGUCACCCAGGCGGGUGAGCCGCACCGCUCGGAGCUCUUCCAGCUGCGCGUCAUCUCCGAUCACUUGAUAAACAAGGAAAAGAACAAGAACUUCGGGGAGCUGCUGCUGGCCGACAAUUAUGUGAUCAUUGUGGACACUGUCGAGCGGCUGCUCAGCCUCAUGAGUCGCUACGUGAGUCGAAUGCGCUCGUGGAAUCCGGGCGCCCGCUUCCUGGUGCUCUUCCACAAUCCCCAAGUGCACAAUCGACCCUUGCGCGUGGCCUCCCAGAUCUUCAGCGAGCUCAUGAGCAGCUUCUACGUGCACCGUGUGGCGCUGAUAUACGCCGACUCCGCGCUGGACUACAAUCUGCUGGUGAACGAUUACUACAGCAACGUGGACUGCCGCAUCCUCAGUGUGCAGAGCGUGGGCCAGUGCCACGACGGGCAGCUCUUCCCCAGCCCCACAGCCGUGCACGCUGCCAUGACGGACUACAUCUCGGGCUUCAGUCCCAAGAACUGCACCUUCUUCGUGUGCGCUUCGAUCUCGGCGCCAUUCGUGGAGGCUGACUGCAUUCUGGGCAUCGAGAUGAGGAUCUUGGGCUUCAUGCGCAGCCGUUUGCAGUUCACGAUCAACCAAACGUGCAGCUUGGAGUCACGCGGGGAAAUGGACAGCUCGGGCAACUGGAACGGUCUGCUGGGCAAGCUCACCGAUGGCGAGUGUGACUUUGUGAUGGGCGGCUACUAUCCGGACAACGAGGUGGCCGACUUCUUCUGGGGCUCCGACUGCUACCUGCAGGAUGCGCACACCUUCUACAUCAAGGUGGCCGAUCGCCGGCCCGCCUGGCAGGCCAUGGUCGGCAUCUUCGAGCCCAGCACCUGGAUUGGCUUCAUUGUGGUGCUGCUGAUCAGUUGGCUGUUCUGGUUCGUGCUGGUCAGCCUGCUGCCGGAGCCGGACUACUUCCAGCAAAUCAGUUUGACGGCCAUCAACGCGCUGGCGGUGUCCAUCUCGGUGGCCGUGCAGGAGCGACCCGUCUGCCAGUCCACGCGCCUCUUCUUCAUGGCCCUCACGCUGUACGGCCUGAACGUGGUGGCCACGUACUCGUCCAAGAUGAUAGCCACCUUCCAGGAUCCCGGCUAUCUGCACCAGCUGGACGCACUCACGGAGGUCAUGGCCGCCGGCAUACCCUUUGGCGGGCACGAGGAGAGUCGCGAUUGGUUCGAGAACGACGAAGACAUGUGGGUCUUCAAUUCGUACAACGUCUCGCCGGAGUUCAUACCCAAGACGGAAAACCUGCUGACCGUCAAGUGGGGCCAACGUUGCAUCCUCAGCAAUCGCAUGUACACGCUGCAGAGUGCCCUGGCCGACGACAUCUUCGCCUUUCCGCAGAAUGUCUUCACCAGUCCCGUGCAGAUGAUCAUGAAGGCGGGCUUCCCCUUUCUCUUCGAAAUGAACAGCAUCAUCCGCUCCAUGCGGGACGUGGGCAUAUUCCAGAAGAUCGACGCAGACUUCCGCUACAACAACACCUAUCUGAAUCGCAUUGCCAAGAUGCGGCCACUGUUUGCCGAGAAUGCCAUUGUCCUCACCACGGAGCACCUGAAGGGACCCUUUGGCAUUCUCGGCGUGGGUGUGCUCUGCUCCUCUGUGGCCUUCUUGGGUGAGUUAAUGAUUCGCUACUGGCCGUGCAGGCUGCAGGUUAAGCAGCAGCAGAGUGCCACUCGCACUCGCACUCGCAGGAAAAGGACGAAGGAGGCGGGAAAGCUGCGUAGGAGCCAGUGGGAGCGUCAAGUUCAAGUGGCUCCAGUCAUACGAUUUACGCCAGUCAAACGACGCAAAGUUCUCUAGAGAUUGGGGGAUUGGCUUUAG